CUUCUCUUCUCUUCAUCAUUUCUUCUCCUUUACACCUUUGACCUCCCUCCAAUGGUGGAAACUUCAAAACACUAAACUUCAUCUUGCUUCUCUCCCUCUCUUUAAUGGCGGCGCGAAAACUUGGGACGUUGUUACGUCAGCAUCUCUUCUAUGUUUUCUUUCUCUUCGUCGGUUGUUUCUUCUUCCCCAAAGGAGUUGACUGUAGACAAAAGAGGAGAAAAAAGAAGCUUAGAACGGUUUCUUCCGGUUCAGGUCCCGGUUUAUCCUCUCCUUGGUCGUAUUUAAAACGUGUUCUCUUAUCCACCACGAGGAUAUCUAAACCCCGCAACCAAACACACCUCAACGGUCAGUUAACGACUCUCACUCCCGCCAGAUCGUCUCACAACUCUCUCGUCACUCUCGUUCAACCCGACCCGGAAACCCGUAUCGAAAACGGGUUCUCGGAGUCGUCGGACGACGAGAUAUUCCCUUGCAAGACGUGCGGAGAGAUUUUCCUCAGAACAAACCUCCUCGAGCACCACAUCGCCGUCAAACACGCCGUGACGGAGCUAACCGACGGCGAAUCAAGCACGAACAUCGUCAAAAUCAUAUUCAAAUCGGGCUGGCCCGAUUCGAAUACCAGAACUCCAAAGAUCCAUCGGAUCCUGAAGAUCCACAACAGCCCCAGGAUCCUCGCGAGGUUCGAGGAGUAUCGAGACUUCGUCAAGGCUAAAGCCGCUCGUCGCAGCACCAGCGGCGACGAACGGUGCGUCGCCGACGGGAACGAGCUGCUGAGAUUCCACUGCUCCACGUUCAUGUGUGAGCUAGGGCAAAACGGUAAUUCCAGCCUCUGCGGGCAUCAGUACUGCAGCGUCUGCGGGAUCAUCGGAGCAGGAUUCUCGCCGAAGCUCGACGGGAUCGCGACGCUCGCGACGGGGUGGAGAGGACACGUGGCGGUUUCUGAGGAGGUGGAGGAGGAGUUUGGGUUUAUGAACGUGAAACGGGCCAUGCUGGUUUGCCGGGUUGUUGCGGGUCGGGUGGGGUGUGAUUUGAUUGGGGAUGAUGACGUGGAGAAGAGUGAUGGAGGAGGGUGUGAUUCUCUGGUUGGGGGGCAAGGGAGUGGGAGUAAGAGUGGGGCUUUGUUGAGGAUCGACGAUGAGGAGCUUCUGGUGUUUAAUCCAAGGGCUGUGCUUCCUUGUUUUGUGAUAGUGUAUACUGUGUAA